AUGGUAAAAUAUCCGUGUUUCCAUUGUAGCUGCACAGAUCAUAAGGCAACGACAUGCACGAGCUUUCCUAAGUACAGCCAAAAAAUAACAGAAAUUCAGAGACAAAAUCUUUGCCGAAACUGCGGCGCUUCUACUCAUCAGAUUGUAGCUUGUCCAUGUGGACCAUGCCGAAACUGCGGGAAGCAAGGACAUCACACGUCAAUAUGUCGACAGUUGGAACAGAAAGAAAAAGGAACGCAGCAAACUCAAUCAGAUUCCAAGCCAAAGACCCAAGAGUCAAAGAAGACGCAAAAGAAACCCACCACGACUAACGUCGUCACGGUUGUCACACAGCCACCUUCUUGCAAGCUUGGACAAGAUACAGUCCUGCACACUUCAAUACGUCAGCCAAAACUAGUUAACAUAGGAAAGGUGGAUUUACUCGUAGGACAAGCUAGCAUAUGGAACCAUCGAAAGUCAGAGUUCGAAGAAGUACACAUGACCCUGGACACCGGAGCAGAUCGGUCCCUUAUCACAGCAACCUAUGCAAAGCAGCUCGGGUUAGAUGAUACUGGAACCUCACAGUUAAAGAUCCGUACAUUUGGAAGCGAUACUCCGAUGGAGAAAUGCUGUGCCACGACAUGUGUCCAAACUGAGGAACGAAGAGGAAACUGA